AUGAAACUGCAUAGAAACGGCCUAACAAGAUCCUUUGGCAAAUUGCGUGACUUGUUCACUACUGAAACAGACAACAGAAAGUCGGACUCUGCCAUAUUGACAACAGUCUCUGUAGCUUUAGUUGGACUUUUAGCAGACAAAUUUGUGUUUGCUGAUAUCUUAAUGUACUUCAACAAGACCAAAUUUAUGAUUAUUCAAGACGAGACAGAGGUCUAUAUCUCCGACACAAGGACUAUUGUGUGGAGACUUGAAAAAAAUCGGCGUAUUAUUUUAGAGACUAUUGUGCGCAAAAUGAAAGAGUCAAAUAGCACAUCAAAAGAAUUACAAUAUUUAGUAUUCAACAGAGCUAAAGUGCUUCCUCCACAAUGUGAGAAGUUUGCAAGCGACUUGUUCAAAAACACGGAUGUAAUUUUUUCAAAGGACGGAGACCCUACUUAUGAUGAAAAUGGGGCCAUCAUCGAGUGCACUAAAACUCAAUUCUUCAUACAAUAUUUCGACCCCUUUGCAAAUGAGGAACUUAUUAGAAUUAUGAAGGUGAGUAGUUCUAUCAUAGCAACACAUGAGGAAAUGGUGAAGUUGUUUGUUGACCAAGUCGAUCGUAUCAUAGAGUUGUCUAAUGAUGAAACCGUCCCAAAGUAUUUUCUCAGUACUAUUGCUAAAAGAGCACAACUUGCUUUGUUAUCAUAUCUUGAGACUCACCGACUCACAAACCCUGAGAAGAAUAAAAUUACAUGUGCAUAUUCCUCGGAAUUUUUUACUACACAAUUUCUUCUUGAUUUACAAUCUUUGAUGUUGGAGGAGUCGCCUAAAACCACGCCAAGAACCACUCGAACACCUAAACGACAGAACCCAACGAAAGGGAAAAGGUUGACUGAAUCAAAAGGGUUAUCCGAUUCUUUAAUAUCACAUUCACAGAUUGCAAACGAAGAGAUCGAUGAGUGUGAUGGUGAAGUUGUUGAUAAAGUUGAUUACUCCAAUUUAGUGUCACUCAAUGCAAAGACAUUUUCAGAGCAACUCGUGCAAUUCGAUUACGACAAUUUUAUGAAGCUUGAGAAGAGGGAUUUAGUUGAUUUAGAUAAGUCGAAGAGUGUCUCUAUCUAUCUUCAGAAGUUAAAAGGACUCGAAUUAAUGAUGGUGGAAACUAUUAAAGAUGAGAAGUCGUUUGGGUUCUUCUUAAAAGUUGCUGACGACUGUUUGCGUCUUGGGGACUAUAAUAUCGCACACCUUAUAUUUUCUGCUAUUAUUAAACAGUCGAUCACUUUUCAAAAGGAGUUUGCGAAGUUAAGUAAAGCCAAAACAUUUUUAUAUAACAAAUUGUAUGAGAUUUUUUCGAUUGAAAAGAAUAUGGCACGGUACAGAGCCUCAAUCAAAAGAAUCAAUACUUUAUCCCCACGUAUUCCUAUAUUCUCUGUCUUUCUUAAAGAUAUGAUCUCGAUCCAACAAUUCGAUACGUUCACCGGGGAAAAACUGAAUUAUUCCAAAAUGAAGACUAUGACGGAUGUCCUUGAAGUCAUUGAGAUGGGGAAGAUGAAUAAUUACUCUUUUUCUCAGAUUGAGGGAUUUCAAAAUUUUCUUAAGACGUCGUCUUCUAUGUAA